UGGCUAGCGCAGGCGCUCGCGCGCUCCUCCUGUACCUCAGACAUCCGCAGCAUCAUGGCGGAGCGAAGCCACUCUUUUGCGGCUCCGGCUACCGGCCACAGUCCGCAAGCGGGAACCACAACAGGCUGGCCGAUUGUCAAGGAAUCGUAUGAGCUUCAGGAUGUGAUAGGCAGUGGAGCCACAGCAGUAGUCCAGGCCGCUCUCUGUGUCCCUAGACAAGAACGUGUGGCCAUCAAGAGGAUCAAUCUGGAGAAGUGCCAGACCAGCAUGGAAGAACUACUGAAAGAAAUUCAAGCCAUGAGCCAGUGCAGCCAUCCGAACGUAGUGACAUAUUAUACCUCAUUUGUGGUGAAGGAUGAGCUUUGGUUAGUUAUGAAACUCUUAAGUGGAGGAUCAGUAUUGGACAUUAUUAAGCACACAUGUAGCAAAGGAGAGCCCAAAAAUGGUGUACUGGAUGAAGCCACGAUAGCUACUAUUUUAAGAGAGGUACUGGAGGGUCUUGAUUACCUGCACAGAAAUGGACAAAUACACCGGGAUGUGAAGGCUGGGAACAUCCUGUUGGGAGAAGACGGCUCAGUGCAGAUAGCAGACUUCGGUGUGAGUGCAUUUCUGGCGACCGGAGGAGAUGUAACCAGACAUAAAGUUAGGAAAACUUUUGUGGGAACUCCAUGUUGGAUGGCUCCAGAAGUGAUGGAACAGGUUAGAGGAUAUGAUUUUAAAGCUGACAUUUGGAGUUUUGGGAUUACUGCCAUAGAGCUGGCCACAGGAUCUGCACCCUAUCAUCGAUACCCACCUAUGAAGGUCUUAAUGCUGACACUGCAGAACGAUCCCCCGACCUUAGAAACAGAAGUUGAGGAUAAAGAGAUGCUAAAAAAAUAUGGGAAAUCUUUUAGGAAACUAAUAACUCUGUGCCUUCAAAAGGACCCGACUAAAAGACCAACAGCAUCAGAACUUCUGAAAUGUAAAUUCUUCCAAAAAGCCAAGAACCGGGAAUACUUGAUAGAAAAGCUGCUUUGUAAAGGACCAAAUAUAAGCCAAAGAGCUAAAAAGGUGAGACGAGUGCCAGGAUCAAGCGGUCGCCUGCACAAGAUGGAGGAUGGGGACUGGGAAUGGAGUGAUGAUGAGAUGGAUGAAAAGAGUGAAGAAGGCAAUGCAGUUGUCAAUCAAGGACGGUCACGGCGGAUCAAAGAUGAUAACCGGCAUGGGGAAGUGAAUGCCAACAAUGUCCCUAUAGAAGGUCUGUCCAUUCAGCAUCCCCAGAUUCAACCUCUGGAAAGAAACCCAAGCACUCAGGGUGCUCUAAAUAUGGUCCUGAGGCUAAGGAACUCGAGGAAGGAGUUGAAUGACAUACGGUUUGAAUUCACUCCAGGCCGAGGUGAGGGCUGCUCUGAACACGUUAGCAUGCAAGGCCUGGCGCCCCCCAUGGACACGGCACAUGCAUGGGAUACCGCUGAUGGUGUUUCUCAGGAGCUGGUUUCUGCUGGUUUAGUCAGCGGGCUUGAUGUUGUAGUUGUUGCUGCUAACCUUCAGAAGAUUGUAGAAGACCCUGUUACCUUUAAAGUGUUAACCUUUAAACUGGCAUCUGGCUGUGACAGUACAGAGAUCCCUGACGAGGUGAAGCUAAUUGGCUUUGCCCAACUCAGUGUUACCUGAUGGAAUAUCUUUGAGGGAAGAGGAAGAGGAUGGGAGGAGAAAGAAGGCUUUCAACAGACUGAAUACUAAAGAAUGUGCGGACCGCGGGGGGGUCUCGGGGUUCGGAGCAGAGCCAUCUCCAGUUUACUCCCACCUCAAACUCCUCUGCCAGCUCUAUCCUCAUUUUAAUUACCUUCUAACUGUCAGUAACUAAGCAUUCUGUCAAUAACCCCACCACACACACACACACACACACACUGUCCUUUGCCCUACAUUCUGCUCCUGCAAGAAAUGUUGUUUUUCCUCAACAUUCCACCUCACUCUUCUCCUCAACUCUGCUAACUUGAUGCUCUCAGGUGGCUUCAGCCAGAAAUGACAAAAAAAUACAACAAAAAAAACAAAACAAUUAGAGGUUCUUAUUUGCGUUAUAUUUUCUUUCAACAAAGCUUUAUUAAUAAUAAUAAUUAUUAUUAUUAGUGUUAUUUAUUGGGAAAAGUUUUCAGUUUUCCUUUUCCUGCAUUGAAAGAAAGAUUUUUUGGGAUGCGCACAUUAACACUGCAGAACUUGUUAAACAGUUAAUUGAAAUCCUCCUUUCUUCCAAAUGUAAAUGAUCUUAUUUAUGAAAAACUCAAGCACAUUAUUCUUCAUGAUUCUAUAAAAAAAAAAAAAAAAUACUGUUUUACAAGUGAAUUGUAUUGUACUGUAUGUUAACAAAAUAUUUAAUCCACUAAGAGUGAAUGAAAUCAUUCCCCCAGGAAGUAAGAGAUGAGGAACUGAAUGCUGCCAUGUGCAUUUUCUUUAGUUUUUUUUUUUUUUCUGGACAGUGUUGACGCUUAACUGCUAGAGGUGCCUUGUUCAUUAAUCCGUGCCUAAGAACACAGGUAACAAGCCGACGCUGUUUUAAAGCAUAGACUGCUUUAUGUUGUUACACCGAGCAGAUUUGCUUUACAGCUGAUAGCUCUGUCUAAAAGUAUUGUCACUGGCAAACGGCUUCUGUUGAAAUGAAGCUUUAAUGCACUUUGAUUUUGAAUUGUGAGACGUAUGCACGCUUCUCCCCUGGAGAAAAUCCUCCAGAUUUAACCCUCUAAAGCUUUGUUUUAUGACAGAAAGGUCACUAUAACUGUAGAGCACACCUGAACUGUGACAUGGAGGGGGAAGAAAAGCCAGCUGCUGAGUAUAAAGAAGUAGCCGCAAGAUCCCGCUGCAUUCGCCAGCAUGCAUCUGUUCGAUUUCUCUAACAGAAGGAGGUUCGUAACCAAAAUAUGACUACUGUAUGGGAGAUUAGUCAUGAUUCCAAAAAGAAACAAGUCAUUCCAAAAGACUCCAUUUUCACCUGUACUUGAAAAUAUACGCUUAAUAUUACAAUAAAUAUUCUUUUAUGAAA